CAAUCUAUACUCUGCUUGCAUUAGAACCGUUCUGUUACUAGAGGAAGGUGCGAGGUUGUCUGACGUAAGCUGCACACAGUCCUUGGCUACUCUACCGCCACUCGGAGAACCAUUUGUAGGAUAGACUACUCCUACAAAUUGUUUCAAUAUCCAUUUGAAUCACGGAACCCCCUUUCGAUUUUACUCACCCCUUCAGCGGAAAGAGUGGAAACCGCAAACAACGACGUAAAGAUCGACAGUGACCGAUCGACCGACGAAAACUAAAAUGUGCUUGUGCUGAAUCGCACCAAGUGGGCCAGACUUCUUGGUGUGGGUGCAACCAUACGGUAUAGGAUAUCGCAUUAACCGUAUGCUUCGCAUAUAAAAACGCGGGUCGAAGGAAUGGAAAUGUACUCACACGGAAAUAGAAACCAGCAGAGUUUCAGAAAGCAAGUCCGCAGUUCGCUGUCUCUGAAGUGCCGCCCCCCGAGCUAACGCCGCCGUCAUCGCCGACGUCCCCAGAUUAUCAAUCAACCGAUCUAAGAGAAAAGUAAACCAGACAUCGUAGAAUGGUAGAAAGUGAUCAGGCUUCAAAGUCCAAGAAAAAGUGUGAUGUAAAGGACGACCGAGUGCCAAACGGAUGUGGAUCCAAAGAAAUUGAACUAACUGCGUUUCCGUCUCGAAAAGACGCUGAGAAGGGCGGAAGCGACAAGGCCGACUUCGAGGGCGCGAUCGUACAGACCGGCUAUGGCAAAUUUCACUAUCUCCUGCUAACAGUAUGUGGCUUUGUGAGCACGUCGGAGGAGAUGGAUGUCAUCUCGAUGUCUUUCAUCCUACCGUCUGCACAAUGCGACUUAAACCUGAACACCCAGACGAAGGGAUGGCUCAACUCUAUCAUCUUUAUCGGGAUGAUGGCCGGGGCGUACGUCUGGGGAUCAGUGGCUGACUCGCUAGGUCGCAAGAAAGUGCUCAUUGCGAUUUCCUUCAUGAACGCCCUCUGCAUCGUAGCGUCGAGCUUCACGCAAAGCUACGAAGUGUUCAUGUUGUUCAGAUUCCUAAACGGGGCGGCGUUAGGAGGCAGCGGACCAGUGAUUUGGUCCUACUUUGCAGAAUUUCAACCAAAAUCGAAGAGAGGCUCUAUGCUGUCAUUCAUGGCUGCAUUUUGGACGCUCGGUAACUUGUUUGUGGCGGGCUUGGCCUGGCUCAUCAUACCAUCGGGAAUUGGAUAUUAUGGAGAGCACUUCAUUUAUAAUUCAUGGCGCAUUUUCCUUUUGAUCUGUGCCAUACCCUCUUUCUUGGUGGCCAUCUUCCUGUUUUUCCUACCAGAAAGCCCGAAGUUUCUACUAUCCUGUGGAAAAACUGAAGAGGCCUUGGAAAUAUUCAGGAAGAUAUACCAAAUCAAUACCGGAAACGAUAAGAGCAUGUAUCCAGUUAAACACCUUAUAUACGAAGAGAAAGUGGUUAGCGACGUAGAGCCGAAAAAGUCGGGCAAGUACCUGAACAUGCUCACUGAUAUUAUAGACAACAGCAAGCAACUCUUUAUGAAUCCCAUACUACGUUUUACCAUAAUAUCUAUCACUAUCAACUUCACCUUCCACAUUGGAUAUUAUGGUUUAAUGAUGUGGUUCCCGGAACUUUUCAAUCGCUUCGACGAGUUCUCCAGGGAACAUCCAGGCCAAAGCGCUUCAGUUUGCGAGGUUACAAAAUACGUUGUAAGCUCAGGAAGUCAACAAUCCGGUGGCGAAUGUUCGGACAAGAUUGAGAGCGCUGUGUUUCUGGAGUCUUUGAUAACCGUAGCAGCGGCGAUACCUAGUAAUAUAGUUGCUGUGAUCGGUAUGGACAGACUAGGAAGGAAGUUCUUUUUAGUAUUCAGCACCUUUACAUCUGGGAUAUGCGCUGCUUCGAUGUAUUUUGUUUACAACAAGUUGCACAAUCUGGUCGUGUCUGCGGUGUUCAGCAGUGUAAUAUCCUGUGGCAACGCAGCGCUCGACUGUUUGAUCACAGAGAUUUUCCCCACUAACCUUAGAGCGACGGGAGUGGCCAUUUCAAUGGUAGCCGCCAGGCUCGGAGGAAUUAUAGGCAACAUUGUCAUAGCGACACUUCUGGAUUUAUACUGUCCAGCUCCAACAUUCAUUGUGGCUGCUCUCCUGAUAGGGGGAGGACUUUUAUGCCUAUUUUUGCCAAACACGACGCGCGAACCUUUGUCUUGAUACCAACCGACAGAUGGACUUUUAUUUUAAUUUUCUAAUGAUUAUGUUUUAGUUAUUUUAGUUAUAUUGCCUAUUAAUAUUA